AUGGGCCUGACGCUGCUUAAAAAGAGGUGCAGAGAGCUGGGGCUCAAAAGAUGGCCCUACCGCAAGCUCAAGUCCAUGGACAAGCUGCUGCAGAGCAUAGAGAGCGUUGACGGCCAAGAUCCACAGGUAGCGAAGGCUGUGGAUGAAGUGAAGACGCACAAGAAGCUGAUGCUGCUUGCGCCUUCAGAAACUCAGAUAGAAGUGGGCAUCAAGAAGUUUCGGCAGGCAGCCUACAAGUUUGAGUUCAAGUCAAAGCGCAUGUUGGCUAGGACGUGA